CGGACGCGUAGGUACACCGUCUCCGGCCGGACAUGGCAGAUGUACAAGUAGGACACGCGUGUAGGUGCUUACACAGAGUAUUUCCUUGAUUCCCGUUCCUGCGUAGGCUACACCUACACCCAUUUCCGAAGUAUAUCUGACCAGCAACCAACCCCAUUUGCUCUUCUAGUCAGGAUCACGAUCGAGGCAGCGAUGAUGGCGACGCACCCGCCUUUACAGGUUUUGGACGACUACUACCUUGCGAUCAGUCUGCUUGUAACCAUUGCCUACCAACUGCUCGGCUUCAGCGUCGCCUUCACCUUCAAGUUCGACAAGUUGACCGACUUCAUGGGUGGCUCCAACUUCAUCUGGCUAGCGAUUCUCACGCUGUCCAUGUCCGGAACCACCAAUGCUCGCCAGAUCGUCGUCAGUAUCUUCCUCAUGCUCUGGGCUGCGCGUCUUUCGGGCUUUCUACUCUUUCGAAUAUUGAAAACUGGCAAAGAUGACCGUUUCGACGAAAUGCGGGACAAGUUCCUUCCGUUGCUGGGGUUCUGGGUGUUUCAGAUGGUUUGGGUCUGGACUGUGUCCUUGCCAGUCACAAUUCUCAACAGUCCGAAUGUUCUGCACUACCCGCAGCCGAGCUUUGGCAAGGCAACCGAUAUUAUAGGCAUUAUCAUCUUUGCUAUGGCACUUACAAUUGAAGCCGCCAGCGAUGUUCAAAAAUACAACUUCAAGCAGUCUAAGCAGGGUAAACAGCCUGGCGCGGUGUGUAAAGUUGGCUUCUUCCAGUAUUCGCGGCAUCCAAAUUACUUUGGUGAGAUCAUGAUCCAAGUCUCCAUCUUCAUCAUCGCCGUAACACCGGCCAGCUACGGGACCGUUCCAAUUGGUUCAGGCGCAUACGCUGCACUUUACAGCAGCAUGCUCGGCUGGAUAUUCUUAACAGCGCUGCUGAUGUUCGUCUCCGGUCUUCCUCUCCAAGAACGGCCCGGAGCCAAGAAGCGGUACGAGGAAGGCACCAGCUGGCCACAGUAUGAGAAGUGGCUGCACGAUACAAGCAUUCUGAUCCCGCUGCCACCAGCAAUUUGGCGAAGUUUGCCCGUCGUCGUCAAGAGGACAAUCGGGCUGGAGUUUCCGAUGUACGUCUUCGAUCCAGCAAAGCACGCAGAUCAGUCGAAGGUGCGGUUACGGGAAGCCGAGGCAGGCGUCCAUGGUGAAGAAGGCGGGAAUAGAGGAAGCACCGAGCCUUUGCGCUAACUCAGAAACCCGGGAUAGGCUUAUUGUUGACUUGUUCGGUCUCGUUUUCAAUUGGCAGCAUUGCACCAGGC